AUGGAGCGACUCCGGGAGGACGUCACCUGCUCCAUCUGCCUGGAUGUCUUGGACAACCCCGUCUCCAUUGAGUGUGGCCACAACUUCUGCCGGGGCUGUCUCAUGGCUCACUGGCACGGGGUCUCGGCCCAGGUGUCCCAGUGCCCCGAGUGCCGGGCUCCCUGCUCCAGGGACAGGAUGACCCCAGACACGCGGCUGAGAGCCCUGGUGGAGAAAAUCACAGAGCCCCUGCGGGAAGAAAUGGAGCCGCAGGGGCCGGGGGCUCAGCGGGAGCUGGGGCGCCCGGUGCAGCUGAUGCGUCUGGACGAGGAAGGGGGCCUGACCCUGGACGAGGAGGCCCUGAGCCGCUGCCUGGAGCAGGGUGGGGUGGGGGACGCCCUCGUCUGCCUGGUGUCCAUCAUCGGGGAGCAGCGCCGGGGCAAAUCCUUCCUGAUGAACUGCCUGCUGCGCCGGCUCCGGAGCCCGGUGGCCGUGUUCCUGGUGGACACCGAGGGCUCCCUGGACCUGCAGUGCUGCAUGGAGACCAGCAUCAAGCUCUCCGUGUUCAGCAUAUUGCUCAGCUCCUACUGGAUUUUUAACAUUUCCAGCAUGUUUACCCAGACGGAGGCAGAUUAUUUGGAGAUCUUUGUUAAGGUUGCAAAUGAGGUUGGCGAGACCUGCAAUCUGCUCCCAAUUCAGCGCCUGGACCUGUUGGUGCGAGAUUGGCAGCUCACCGGAUCCUAUGGCGCAGACGGGGGGCAGGAGUUUCUCGAAGAAAAAUCACGGCACCUGGAGGCCUCCGCUGAGCAGCCCCUGGUGUUGGGAGCCCUGAGGGCGAGCGGCACCCAGUGCUACCUUCUGCCCCACCCUGGCACUCGGUUCACCAGGAGCAGUUCAGGGAUGCCAGGCGGUAAGAGACCCUCAUCUUCUCCCCUCUUGCCCCCUGCACUGCUCCUCCAGCCCCACCCCCGC